CUCCCUCCGGCCCGGUCAGCCCCAACUCCACCCUGGCAGAGCUGUGCUCGGCCCCCCCGGUGACGGGCCCGUGCCGGGCGGCGUUCCCGCGCUGGUUUUACGUCCCGGCGGAGAAAUCGUGCCGGGAAUUCACCUACGGCGGCUGCCGCGGCAACGCCAACAACCACCGCGACGAGCGCGAGUGCCUGCGGCGCUGCCGGCCCCGGGGUGAUUUCGGUGGCGAAUUCCGGAGAUUCUUCUCCUCCAAAG